CCGGCCCACGCAGACAUCAAGACGGGCUACCUGUCCAUCAUCAUGGACCCGGGAGAGGUGCCCCUGGAGGAGCAGUGUGCGUACCUGUCCUACGACGCCAGCCAGUGGGAGUUUCCCCGCGAGCGGCUGCACCUCGGGAGAGUGCUGGGUCACGGCGCCUUCGGGAAGGUGGUGGAGGCCUCUGCGUUCGGCAUCCACAAGGGCAGCAGCUGCGACACGGUCGCCGUGAAAAUGCUGAAAGAGGGUGCCACGGCCAGCGAGCACCGCGCCCUGAUGUCCGAGCUCAAGAUCCUCAUCCACAUCGGCCACCACCUCAACGUGGUCAACCUCCUGGGGGCAUGCACCAAGCCCAGUGGCCCGCUCAUGGUGAUCGUGGAGUUCUGCAAAUACGGGAACCUCUCCAACUUCCUGCGCGCCAAGCGGGAGGCCUUCAGCCCCCACGCGGAGAAGUCGCCGGGACAGCGAAGGCGCUUCCGGGCCAUGGUGGAGGCCGCCCGGGCAGACCGCCCGAGGCCAGGCGGCAGCGACAGGGCCCUCCUCACUCGGUUCCUGGUGGGCAAGGGCGGAGCCAGCCGGUCUUCUCAGGACCCGGAAGCUGAGGACCUGUGGCAGAGCCCGCUGACCAUGGAAGACCUGGUCUGCUACAGCUUCCAGGUGGCCCGGGGCAUGGAGUUCCUGGCCUCCCGCAAGUGCAUCCACAGAGACUUGGCCGCUCGCAACAUCUUGCUGUCAGAGAGCGACGUGGUGAAGAUCUGCGACUUUGGCCUUGCCCGGGACAUCUACAAAGACCCCGACUACGUCCGCAAGGGCAGCGCCCGGCUGCCCUUGAAGUGGAUGGCCCCCGAGAGCAUCUUCGACAAGGUGUACACCACGCAGAGCGACGUGUGGUCCUUCGGGGUGCUGCUGUGGGAGAUCUUCUCUCUGGGAGAGGGACCCAGGCCGUUCGGAGGCAGGCGGCCCCUGCCGCUCCCGGCUGGACCUCCUAGGGGACUUGGCGUCGAGGCCGGCCCCCUGGGUGCCACCUCUGGGGGCGUGCGCAAGCCUGCCCCCGGGGGCCGGUUCAGGGGCCAGCCCUGCAGGUCCCAAGGGAGCUCCGUGGCCAGAGUGGACACAUCCGCACGCCGCGUCAUGCUGAGCUGCUGGGCUGGAGACCCCAAGGCGAGGCCUGCGUUCUCAGAACUGGUGGAAAUCCUGGGGGACCUGCUGCAGGGUGGGGGCUGGCAGGAGGAGGAACAGGAUCCCACAGGCCCACGCAGCUCUCAGAGCUCGGAGGAGGACAGCUGCUUGCAGGCGUCCACCAUGGCCCUACAUGUGGCCGAGGCCGACCCGGAGGACAGCCCGCCCAGCCUGCACCGCCACAGCCUGGCCGCCAGGUAUUACAACUGUGUGUCCUUUCCCGGGUGCCUGGCCAGAGGGCCUCAGACCGCCAGUGCCUCCAGGAUGAAGACAUUCGAAGAAUUCCCCAUGACCCCAAUGACCUCCAAAGCCUCUGUGGACAACCAGACGGACAGUGGGAUGGUGCUGGCCUCGGAGGAGUUCGAGCAGAUAGAAGGCAGGCACAGACACGAAGGCGGCUUCAGGUAG